AUAAUCCAUAUCCUAAUUCCUAUGAUUUCUUUUCCCUUAAUAAAAAAAAAAAAAAAAAAAAAAAAAACGCCAAAUCCGAAAAGAAAAAGAAAAACAUUUGUUAGCCGGAAAUUUAAUUCAUUUCUAUUUCUGUAGCUCAUCCAGUCGAAGAUCUUUUCUGGUCCGUACCCUCAACUUUCUCGGCAUCCAAACAGCAUCACACUCUUCAGAUCUGAAUCCACAAAUGAAUCCUUGAAUUCUUGUACUUGGUUAUUAUGAGAUCAGUUAAACUUUAGCAUCUUGGAUUCCAAAUUUUUGUAGUUUGGUGACAUUAUGGAAAAGCUGAACUCCGAGGACAUAACUGAACCCGAUUCCUUGGCUGUUGAGAAACAAGCGGGAAGUACUCUUGAUGUUAACAUAAAAGAUGAAGGAGAACUAAAAAGGGAGGUGCAAUCUCUGACCAUAUGCAAGGAUGUAUGUGGAGUGGAUAGUGAUAAUGGACAUGAAGACAUUAGCGAAAAGGUGGGUCAUAGCGAGAUUGUGGAAUCUAAGGCUACAGAGGAGAAGUUAGACAAUGGUAUUGGAAACAAUGACACAGGCAAUAUGGAUAAUAAUAAGGAUUUAAGUUUGAAAGCUUCAGGUGAAAAGUUGGAUGAACUUAUGGAACAUGAUGAAAGGAUGAGUAAAGAUGGAGAUCGGGAUUCUAAAGAUCAAGAAGAAACUGAUGAGACUUUAGAUGGAAAUAUUAGGGGAGAACAGCCAGAUCCUAUUUUUGAUGGGAUAGAGGUUCCUGAGAUGGAAACUAACCAGGAUGACGGAUCUGCUUGGCCUGAGAAGGCAAUGAAAGUUAAGAAUUUUGUCAAGCAGAAGAGCAUAGUUGCGGUCACCAGUGUGCUUCGUCGCGUUUCUGGAAAAGGAUGUGAGGUUGAGCAUGGUGCUCCUGUUAAUGAAGAUGUAGGGGGGUCUGAUUCUCAAAAUGGUGAAGCAGCAGAGGUUUCUCCUAAAACAACAGAGAAAUCUGUUUGGAAUCCCCUUAGCUACAUUAUGUCACGUGCUAGUGAUGCUGAAAACAGAUUAGAACAGGGGGAGAAUAUCUGCGAAGAAUCACUGUUACCUAUUGCCAUGAAAGGAAGAGUUAUAGUUUAUACAAGGUUAGGAUGCCAAGAUUGUAGGGACGUUAGGUUGUUUUUACACAACAAAAAACUUAGAUAUGUUGAGAUUAACAUUGAUGUCUACCCUGGUAGAAAGGCAGAGCUAGAGAAAUUCUCUGGCUCUUGUACUGUUCCUAAGGUCUUCUUUAAUGAAAUAUUGAUGGGAAGCUUAAGUGAACUAAAGAACUUAGAUGAGUCUGGCAAGCUUGCUGAGAAGAUUGAUUACCUUGUUACUGACGAACCAUCAUUUGAAGCUCCCUCACCACCUCUUUCUGGCGAAGAUGAUGUAUCCAGCAAGGGACCUAUUGAUGAGCUAGCUCUAAUUGUCCAAAAUAUGAAAGGCAAUAUUGUGGUUAAGGAUCAGUUUUACAAAAUGCGUAGGUUCACAAACUGUUUUCUAGGUUCAGAGGCUGUGGACUUCCUAUCAGAGGAUCAGUACUUGGAAAGAGAAGAGGCAGUGGAAUUUGGGCAGAAGCUUGCCAGCAAACUCUUCUUUCGACAUGUCCUUGAUGAGAAUCUAUUUGAGGAUGGCAACCACUUGUAUCGGUUCUUGGACCAUGAUCCUAUUGUGUCAUCUCAAUGUCACAAUAUUCCGAGAGGUAUAAUUGAGUUGAAGCCAAAGCCCAUCUCAGAAAUUGCAUCCUCAAUGCAAUUUCUGACAUAUGCAAUUUUUGAAGCUUAUGCAUCAGAAGAUGGAAAACAUGUUGAUUACAGAAGUAUCCAUGGAAGUGAGGAAUUUGCAAGGUAUAUAAGAAAAGUUCAAGAGCUCCAAAGAGUAGAAUUACAGGAUAUAAAAAGGGAGGAAAAGCUUGCUUUUUUCAUAAAUUUGUACAAUAUGAUGGCCAUCCAUGCAAUACUGGCUUUGGGCCAUCCUAUUAGACCCCUGGAAAGAAGGAAGUUGCUUGGAGACUUCAAGUAUGUUAUUGGUGGGUGCACAUACUCACUCUCAGCUAUUCAAAAUGGUGUUUUGAGGUGCAACCAAAGACCACCAUACAAUCUUUUGAAGCCAUUUGGUGCAAAUGAUAAACGUUUAGAGGUUGCCAUCCCCUAUCCAGAGCCUCUAAUUCACUUUGCCCUGGUUUGUGGUAACCGAUCUGGGCCUGCUCUUAGAUGCUACUCUCCUGAAAAUAUUGAUAAAGAGCUGAUGGAGUCAGCUCGGAAUUUCUUAAGAAGUGGAGGACUUAUUGUCGAUGAGAAAGCGAAAGUUGCAUAUGCCAGCAAAAUCCUCAAAUGGUAUAGUGUGGAUUUUGGCAAUAAUGAGGUGGAGGUAUUGAAGCAUGUCUCAAAUUACUUGGAGCCAGGUGAUUCUGAAGCAUUGCUGCAGUUGCUAGCUGAAACUGAGUUGAAGGUGAUAUAUCAACCUUAUGAUUGGGGUAUGAACUGUUAGGGUUAGACUUCAGCUCUUCUAUGUACUAUAUGAUUUCAUAGAUUUAGAAAGGUUUUGUGGGAGAAGAAUUGACUAUAAUGUUGCAAAACCUUAUACAUACAGCAUCAUACAUCACAUAUAGACAUCUUUCUUCAAAAUAUCAAUUGAACGUUUUCUGCUUACUUGAACAUUAGAAGUUCCUA